AUGGCUACACAAACAUGUAUUCUCAAUGAAAAACCUCUAAUGCUUCCGCUCGUCAUCGAGUUACUCUGCAAAGGAAGAUCUUAUCCGAAGUGGGCAACCCUCUGUAAGCUGAUGCUGCAGUCGGAACCACUUCCAGAUCCCCAAAACCUACUCCUCUCUUCUCUUCGCGAACAAAUCUCUGCAAAAUCAAACCCGGCUCGUGGAGAAUUCGCCACCGGAGCCCUCUCUCGUCCAUUCAGUCAUGGGAUGGCAGACAUACUUGACCAAUGGCGCGUCAACCAAGGGAAGUUAUCUUCCAAGUUUAUCAGUAAUCCACUUGAUUUACUCGGAAUGACAAACACCUCACGAUUAAAAGUGAUUGAACAAGAAAGUAUCCAAGUUUUUAAGAGUCCUGAUCUUGAGUCGUCCCUCCAUAAAUUAAUAUUCGAGACGAUGGAACCCCAAGAUUGGCGCCUCUUUUUAGGAUUAAGGACCACAACGGGCGGAAAAGAUCUGGAUACCAUGCCACCAAGUCUUAACGAAUGCAUCGAAGCCUUUACUUGUCUUCAUCAGCCAAUAUCUACAGGGACCAGACCGAUAGUCAAUCAGCUAACAGUGGGUGCCAGAGCAUUAAGUAAACAUGCUCACCGUGACCAGAAAAAUCAGUUUUGGGGUAAUUGUACAGGAACUGAAAAGGCUAAGAAUGAUCACGCAAACACUGUACUUGCAAAUAUCCUGUGUGAUUCUGUUUGGAUUAAUCUUCACAUGUUACCGCAUGCAAAAGUAGUGUACGAGGUACGCCAGUCCCUUGGAUACGGUGCUCGCUGGGUAUUGCAUAAUGAUAAAUGGUUAUUCAGAGGAUUUCUUGAACCUCAAAUGGAAGAAGGUCAUUUGUUGGGUUGGGUUCAUUAA